GGAGGAUUGCUUGCCCUUCUGACCCUUCGGCUGGCCCUCGCCUUGUGGCCUUGCUUGGCCCGCUUUGCAUCAGGGUCGCCUCCCAACUCGCCGAGAACCAACGCCGGUCGUCUCUCAAACCACCAGGACCACACCGCCGCCUCCCCAUCGGCUCAGGGCCCGCUCUGACCCUCGGCUCGGCCUCGGCCGCCCUGUCCCCACAGUCCUUUCUCUCCCUUUCCCCGCGGGCCAUGAGUCGCCACAGCAAGCUGCAGCGGCAGGUGCUGAGCCUGUACCGCCAGUUCCUGCGGGCCGGGAGGGAGAAGCCCGGCGCCGUGCCCCGCAUCCGGGCCGAGUUCCGCCAGCACGCCCGCAUCCCCCGGGCCGACGUCCUGCGCAUCGAGUACCUCUACCGCCGCGGGCAGCGCCAGCUGGACCAGCUCCGGGAUAGCCGCACCAAGCGGCUCGGGGCCUUUGGUGGCACCCCGGAGGGCACGUGAUGCCUCCGACAAGCCGGAGACCCCUGGAGACAGGGCCCACCUGCCGGAGCCCCCGACGGUUUUCUCCUCUAAUCCUCCCACCCCCCAACACUCAGUGAACCAGAGGGGAAUAAGGGUUAGUGGGGGGUGCGAUGAGAGGGACAGACUGGGGCGGGCUUUGGGGCGACUUUAAGCGGGGAGAUGGGGUUGGAAGCUGGUUUGCAGAAAUAGAGCCUGCCCUGUUGCGUCCCAAAGAGGCAGGAGCAAGGUGGAGGGUUCCUGGCUGCCAAACAACUCUCGACUAACCACAAGUGGAUGAUCCGUCACAGAUGGACGGUCAAACGCUCCCCGACGGUCAGCCGGCCUUGGCUGGGCCUUCUCCCGCGCCGCGGCACACGGCGGCUGAAACGGUGACUCCGUUUCUCUCCUUGCUACACCAACGAGGCAGGUCCGGGCCUUCCUUCAUUCUGGGCUACUUCCCUCGUCCGUGUCACCUGUUGUCUUGUAUUUUCCGACCCGUCCCUCCGCUCCGUAGGCCCCCCACCCAAUAUACCGGGGUGCCAAGUUAAGGUGGGGGCUGGUCCUUCUCUGCGGCACGUAGUGUUGUUGGGGGCAAGGACGUGCCUGGCUUUGGGUUUUAAACGGAUCCGGGAUUCAGGGGUUGGGGCUGUGCCCUCGCAAGGAUGUUGUUGGGACUGAAAGAGGAAAAUAAUAAUAAUAAAUAAUGGUAUC